AUGUCUCACUCUUACCGUAACGAUCUGAAUUUCUACGACCAGGAUAUUUCUGAAUUUUUUGAAAACCAACUGCCGCACACCGAUAUGCACUAUGGAUCUGAGGGUGCCAACGAUUUUAAUAUACCAGAGCAGUGGCAAGUCCACUUGCCUUCGAACACCUUUAUCAGACAGCUGAACUGGCGUGACGUUGAGGAUGAAGUCGAUCAUUGGCGAACGGUGGCCCAAAGCGAAUACUGUGAACCUUAUUUCGUCUCCUUGUGCUAUUCGACAGCACUCGAGACACCCAUUGAAUUCUAUGUUGGGCUUUCGCCAUUGAGUCUACUAACUCUCGAGAAGAUGGAGGAGAGACACCGCCAACACUAUAUUCUAUCGGUCGAAGGUUCCUUUGGGGUUCAAGAUGGCCCCGUAUUGCAAGAACGUAUUCCACCAUUUCGGGGAAGGAUUUUAACGACCUAUGGAACCUUCCCCUACCACUCAGUGGUUCCAUUACCAGAGGAAAACCAUUUAUCAAUUGGCUAUUUAUCGUCAGAUGGUGUCACCCUCAACAGUGAAGAUAAGGUUUUUAUAUUUGUAGGCCACAACUCUUCGGAGUUUCAGAUUCAAAGAUUUCAUCGUUACGUUGAGCACAUGUUACGCGGUAGAGCCUACAUUGGCUCAAUCCACGCCGAUGGUAACAGGAUCAUGCAAGGUCAAGAAAUCAUUCCGGGUGCUCCAACUCUCCCCUAUCUCAAGUACGACCUAGACGAUAUAAGAAUAUUUGGGAAGGCACAACUCCUCACACUGCCCGAAUACCAGAGACUCAAGCAGUCUCCAACACACCUCCGACUCACUGAGCAUGUCCAUCUGGACCACCUUCCAAUACCUGCCUUUGACCCAAAUUUCAAUAACGGCCAGAAUCUAGGAAGGUUGCUGUCUACGGGAGGCAAGGGUGGUCAAGCUAGUGCUUGUCAGAUUAAGAUCCUCCUUGACUACGCCCCUGGUACGGCGAAACAAUUGGACGAUCUGGACAUUUUUAUCCAAAGUCUGGUUCUCACCAGAAUCCCAUUAAACUAUACCCCUGCCACACACGCUGGUACAUCGCAUACCCUAUCCACGGAGAUGCAUGCCGCCUUCAAAUCAAUUUGGGAAGAGGGUAAAAGGCUAUAUCCGCCAAAAUAUCCUUUGGAAGACUACAUGUACGAAACACCAGUUGCGCCUCCACAAGACUACAUAAAACUUCUACAUGUUUGCCUAAGUUUUCUCUAUAAUGCUAUCUCCAAAAAGGUCGACGGGAUUGUUCAUACCGCAGUUGCCGAAUUUCUUGGGAAUUUGCAUCUGGGCGACGAUGAAGCGGGUGGACUUUCGACGAUGUUGGACGAGCCUUUUCAACACCAGUUGCUUUUCAUGAUGGUGCAAAAUCUUAUUUGCAAACCGACUUUAAAUUCAGUGAGCAACUCAAAGUCCUCUAGACUGGGAACAGUCCGCAGUGAAAUUUUAAUUGCCCGGAAAUCGCUAAUUGGGGUCCCCAACGAGAUAAUUGCAAAUGUUCUUGCCAAGAUUUACCGGAUGGGUGCCAUGGAGCUUAAAAUACAUCCCAUUGAUUUGAGGAAGGAAUCGGACGUCUUUCAAACCAUGGUCUCAAGAAUGGACGCCAUCGAAAGGCCUCACUACAAACACACAAGUAACAGCUUCAAGUCAAUGAAGUUUGAAUUGCUUCAAAUUACUUAG